AGCACUUGAUUGAUGAUCUGCAUUGAUUACAGAUGGAAAGGCCAGCACGCGACUGAUUCAACACUACAAAAGACGAGCAGGUGAAGAUUUUAUUAAACCAACGGAAAGCUACACAAGGCUCCAGAAAACGGAAGUAUGGCCACUUAUAGGUUCGGCAGUAGCGUUGGUCCGUCAGGAGUCAACUCUGAAAGCACACGGCAGAUGUGGAAUGAAGACAACGGUUAUGGUGAAGAAACUGAAGAUGCCAGUGACCCUAAUAGGAUUGUACAGUGCCCAUAUGACAAAAACCACCAGAUCAGAGCCUCACGCUUCCCUUUUCAUGUUCUCAAGUGCAGAAAGAACCACCCCAAAUUGGCCAGUGAACUGAAGACCUGCCCCUUCAAUGCCAGACACUUGAUUCCCAAGCAUGAGAUGUCUCAUCACAUAGCAAACUGCGAAGACAAGAGAUGUCUCAAUGCUGAAGAUGGGAAUGUAGAAGUACUGGAGAAGUUCCAGGUUCCUGUUAAUACCUGGACUAACCCUGCACCCAAUGAGGACUGGGAAACAGAGACUGAUGAUAAUGCUGCCAUGUUUGUCUGGGGUGAAUCAACCAAUCCACUUCCCCAAAACAAGCCAGAGCCGGCUACCACCAUCAGUUUAUCCGAUGGACUGCGGGCACCGCGGACUCUUCCAUGGAAACUCUGAUAUGGCGCCACUGGAUGGACUUCUGGAUAUUCUUACUUUUUAAAAAAUACUUUAAGCCCUGUGUAACUUCUAACCUAGAUUUGUCUAAAGCCUCCUUACCUUUUAAAGUUUUUAAUUUUGAAGUGUUGAGAUUUUGAAGUAUUUCCUCUUUACUAUUUUCUGAAGGUCAAUAUGCUCUGUGGCUAUGGUCAGUGUGUAGACAAUCUAUAAACCAAAGAAUUAAUGCGUCUUCCAUAGAGAAAUCCAUCAGUGUCAACCUUUCAGUGACCUUUA